GGGAGGGAAAGAGAUGAAGGAAGUGGGGGGCCGGGCGUCGGUGGCGGUGGCAGCGGGAAGGUUGAGUGGGGGCGGCCCCCCGGCCCUGGCAGCCCCACACCCACGCGGGGUGCACGUGUCUUUGUUUUCCAGCCAUGACUACGGCAGCCGGCAGCAGCUUCGGCACCACCUGCUGGUGGGGCUUCUCCCCCGCGCUCGACCUGCAGAGGGAAUGUGGGUCCCACUCCUCACCUGUGUUACGAGGCUGCAGCGAGAGCUCUGCCAGCGAGGGCCGUGGUGGCAGCCGCCUGCGGGCCAUUUCUGGGCUGGUGUCAGGACUCAUCAGGCUGACGGGCAAGACAGGGACGGUUUAUUCCGCGGGGCAUCUGGAGGCUGGCGGACUCCCCUCCGUGCCAGAGGAUCUCCCCGCCGCUCACUGUGCCCCCCGCGAAUCGCCUGGUCCCCAAGCUAGCAAGGGGACGUGGGAGGUGUGGGGCUUCAGUACCCACAGGGUUAUUCCGAAGGGAGAGAAGGAUACGGAAGGGAGAAAUCUUGGGGGUUCUGCAAUUACAACUGACCCAUGGUACGCCUGCUGGGAGAGGUGGGGCUGGAGUAGGCAGGAGCUCCCCCCCACAGCUGGCGCUUCUGCCUCACUCCCCACAGAACCCUCUGCUGGGAGAGGUGGGGCUGGGCUCACUGGGAGCCCCCCCACAGCCGGCACUCCUGCCCUGCUCCCCCACAGCGCCCCUUACUGGGAGAGGUGGGGCUGGAGGAGCCAGGAGCUCUCCCCCACAGCCGGCGCUCCUGCCUUGCUCCUCACAGCCCUCCCUGUUGGAAGAGACAGGGCUGGGGUUGCUGAGAGCCCCCCUACAGCUGGCACUCCUGCCCUGCUCCCCCACAGCGCCCCCGGCUGGAAGAGGUGGGGCUGGAGUCGCCGGGAGUUCCCAGUUUCACAAGCCGAGCUCUUUAAUGCAGCAGACGUGACAGUCUGGCCUAGUGGGUUUCGCAAGCAAAGUCAGGGCUGUAAUGUAGAAACACACGUUUAUAUCAGGGGGAUCCCAAAGCUCCUCACAGGCUUUUCAUUGUCUAUGGAAGGAUCCCUCGCCCGGCGCGGGGGCGCGGGGGCUGGGUCUACGGGGCCCCCUCGCCCGGCGCGGAGACACGGCCCCUCUGGGAUGGGGGAACCUAUAACGCCCGCCCCUGUAUGGACGCCGACUUUUCCCAGGGCUUCCCAGCUUGUUUUCUUUCCCUCCUCUCAGUUCUACCUCGUGGAGAAUAACCUCGAGGCGCUGGGCCGGCAACUGCUUUUUCUCAGCCUCGCCCUGGAGUCUCCGGAGAAAUUGGGGCUGCAAGAGAAGAGCGAGAUGUUCCUGGAACUGCUGGGGAACAGCCUGAUCCGCCGCCCGACAGCCGCCUACCUGCAGGAGAAAUCGGACCUGUUCGUCCGUUACGUCACCGACCCGGACUUCCAGCAGCGCCACCUGGGGGCCGUGGACCUGUCGGCCCUGAAGUUCAAGGAGCGGGAUCAGCUGGAGAGCAUCUUCCGAUUCUGGCGGAACCCGGACCCGCAGGCCUUCCCGAUCGCCCGGCUCUGGGACCUGCGGGUCCGGCAGUACCUGGGCACCCGUUACGACGCCCGCCGCGGCGUGUGCGACUGGGACCUCACCAUGAAGCUGCACGAACGUGGGGCUAGCGUGAUCGGCGGGCGGGAGUUCUCCCGGUGGCGGGACACGGGGGUGGCCUUCGAGCUGCGGGAGGGCGUCUACGACGUCCCCAACAAAACCUUGGCCUCCGGGAGGGUCCUGAGACAGAAGGGGGAGCUGGUGCCAGCCCGGGGGUACUGGGGUGACAUCGGCACGGGGCCGUACCUCCCCUUCGGGAUCGAGUCCGAGGAACCGAGUCUGCUGAGAACCGUCAACGGGGUCCCCGCCAAGAGUGCCCAGGAGAUCUCCUUGUACAAUGUCACGGCCCUGUUCCACGAACUGGCAGCCCGGGUCCGCUACACCCCCCCGCCGCCCACCCCAGAGGGGGCCAGUGGGGCUGCCCCGGUCCAGGAGAGCCCCGCCCCGAAUCCAGAGCCGGACCUGCAGGAUCACAGUGACAUGGUCCACACCCUGACCCCGGAGCUGCAGCUGGUAUCUGCCCCCGGGGCUACGCUGAUCACUGAGCUGACCAGCUUCCUGCCCGACGUGCGCAAGGAGCAGGCGGACGCCUUCCUCGCCCGGGUGACGGCCAUGGCCGCAGGGGCCGGCUUCGCGCCGUGCGGGACGCCUGAGGGACAGAACCGGGCCUGGGCCCGCUUCCAACGCCGGGAGGAGGGGCCCGACGACCCGCUUCGCCCCCUCCUGGCUCCCGAUGUCCCCCCAGAAGAUGGACGCCCCACAGACGUGCCCCCUCCUGUCUGCCCAGGGCCCAGCUCUGUGGGUGGGGGUGUUCAUGAGGUUUGAUUGGAAAUAAAAUCCCCCACCCCCUGGAA